GUGACUCACCAAGAAGUCUUCUUCUUCCUUUUUCCCCCUCAAAAGCUCUUUUUGGAUAAUUUCUUCCAAGAGCCGAAUUUUAAGCACAUUUACUUUAUAGGAAGCAACAGAAAGGCAGCAUGUCAGCGGAAACACCAAUCACACUGCAUAUUGAUCCCCACGAUUUGCAGGUCCAAACAUUCACUGUAGAGAAGCUACUGGAGCCUCUCAUAAUUCAGGUGACUACACUUGUAAAUUGUCCCCAGACUCCUUCCAACAGGAAAAAAGGAUGUUCAAAAAGAGCCAGAGUCCUUCUAGCUUCAGUGGAGGAAGCGACUUGGAAUUUCUUAGAUAAGGGAGAGAAGAUCGCCCAGGAAGCCACAGUUUUAAAGGAAGAGCUUACUGCUACACUUGAAGAAGUUCGCAAAGAAAGUGAAGCUCUGAAAGUAUCUGCUGAGAGAUUUGCAGAUGACCCCUGCUAUCUCCCGAAAAGGGAGGCUGUGGUGCAGGCCGCCCGUGCUUUGUUGGCUGCAGUUACCAGACUCCUUAUCCUUGCAGACAUGAUCGAUGUCAUGUGUCUCUUGCAACACGUGUCAGCUUUUCAAAGAACAUUUGAGUCUCUUAAAAAUGUUUCCAACAAAUCUGACCUCCAGAAAACCUACCAGAAGCUUGGGAAGGAGCUGGAAAACCUGGAUUAUUUAGCCUUCAAACGUCAGCAGGACUUAAAAUCUCCAAACCAGAGGGAUGAAAUUGCAGGAGCCCGAGCAUCAUUGAAGGAGAACUCCCCCCUCUUGCAUUCAAUUUGUUCAGCUUGUUUGGAACAUUCUGAUGUCGCUUCCCUCAAAGCCAGCAAGGACACAGUUUGUGAAGAAAUUCAGAAUGCCCUCAAUGUAAUUUCAAAUGCUUCCCAAGGCAUCCAGAACGUGCUGACUGCACCAGAACCUCAGGCUGCAACCCUGGGAAGUGCUCUUGAUGAGCUUGAAAAUUUAAUUGUCUUGGAUCCACUCACAGUGACUGAGGAAGAAAUAAGACCAUCCCUAGAGAAACGUCUUGAAGCCAUUAUCAGUGGGGCUGCUCUGUUGGCUGACUCUUCAUGCACGAGGGACUUCCAUCGGGAGCGGAUUAUUGCAGAGUGCAAUGCCAUUCGCCAGGCUCUCCAGGACCUGCUUUCAGAGUACAUGAACAAUACUGGAAAAAAAGAAAGGAGCAAUACCCUGAAUGUUGCAAUAGACAACAUGUGCAAGAAGACAAGAGACCUUCGCAGACAGCUGCGUAAAGCUAUUAUAGAUCAUGUGUCAGACUCCUUUUUGGAUACGACAGUCCCACUUUUGGUUCUCAUUGAAGCUGCCAAGAAUGGCCGGGAAAAGGAAAUAAAAGAAUAUGCUGCGAUAUUUCGUGAACACACCAGCAGGCUUGUAGAGGUGGCAAAUCUUGCUUGUUCCAUGUCAACAAAUGAAGACGGGAUUAAAAUUGUCAAAAUUGCAGCCAAUCACUUGGAAACCUUGUGUCCACAGGUUAUUAAUGCUGCACUUGCUUUGGCUGCAAGACCCAAAAGUCAAGUGGUUAAAAAAAACAUGGAAAUGUACAAGCGCACAUGGGAGAAUCAUAUCCAUGUCCUCACAGAAGCUGUAGAUGACAUUACAAGCAUUGAUGACUUCCUUGCUGUGUCUGAGAGCCAUAUACUAGAAGAUGUCAACAAAUGCAUCAUAGCCUUGCGAGACCAGGAUGCUGAUAACUUAGACCGAGCUGCCGGUGCUAUCAGAGGUCGGGCUGCAAGAGUUGCUCACAUUGUCACAGGCGAAAUGGACAGUUACGAGCCAGGGGAUUAUACUGAAAGUGUGAUGAGAAAUGUUAACUUCCUUACAAGUACUGCAGUUCCUGAGUUUGUAACACAAGUGAAUGUUGCCUUAGAAGCCUUAAAUAAAAAUUCUUUGGAUGUGCUUGAUGAUAAUCAAUUUGUGGAUGUCUCAAAGAAGAUCUAUGAUACAAUUCAUGAUAUCAGAUGUGCAGUCAUGAUGAUUCGGACCCCAGAGGAACUGGAGGAUGUUUCUGACCUGGAAGAGGAUCAUGAGGUCCGCAGUCACACCAGCGUUCAGACUGAAGGAAAAACUGACCGGGCUAAAAUGACUCAGUUGCCUGAGGCAGAAAAGGAAAAGAUUGCUGAGCAAGUUGCUGAUUUCAAGAAAGUAAAGAGUAAGCUGGAUGCAGAGAUUGAAAUAUGGGAUGAUACAAGCAAUGACAUUAUUGUUCUGGCCAAGAAGAUGUGUAUGAUCAUGAUGGAGAUGACAGACUUCACAAGGGGCAAAGGACCACUAAAGCACACAACUGAUGUAAUUUAUGCAGCUAAAAUGAUAUCAGAAUCAGGAUCAAGGAUGGAUGUCCUUGCUCGGCAGAUUGCAAAUCAGUGUCCAGAUCCAUCAUGCAAACAGGAUUUGUUGGCCUACCUAGAACAGAUUAAGUUCUACUCUCACCAACUGAAAAUCUGCAGUCAAGUUAAAGCUGAGAUCCAGAGCCUGGGGGGAGAGCUCAUCAUGUCAGCUCUGGACAGCGUCACCUCCCUAAUUCAAGCAGCCAAAAAUUUAAUGAAUGCUGUAGUGCAAACCGUGAAAAUGUCUUACAUUGCCUCCACCAAGAUCAUCCGAAUUCAGAGUCCUGCUGGGCCCCGGCAUCCAGUUGUGAUGUGGAGAAUGAAGGCUCCGGCAAAAAAGCCCUUGAUUAAAAGAGAGAAGCCAGAAGAAACGUGUGCAGCUGUCAGGCGAGGCUCAGCAAAGAAAAAAAUCCACCCAGUGCAAGUCAUGAGUGAAUUUAGAGGAAGACGUGUCUACUGAAACCACUAUUCUACUCUAGUGUCUAUAUGACAAAGUUCUGGCUAAACACACUGCCUUACUUUUACACUUGAUUGGUACUGUAAGUUCACUAGCUUUUAGAGUCUGACCCACCAGUAAUGUAAAACAUUAGAGGCUGAACCAACAUGAGCACCAUUCAUUUGGGAUCAUGUCAUUGUCAUCUCUGCAUGCCAGCAUUAAAUAAGUAAUCAAAAUAUGCUUGUUGAAUGAAUGAAAACUUCAGGUGUCAUCCAGUCUUUCCCAUCACAGAGAAUAUCUUCUAUUCAUUACUAAAUGAACAUAGUAGACUCAAUUGAGUCUUAUUCAUCUGUAACAUCUUGAGUACGUUCAUCCUUUUAUUUUUGAAUUAAAACACUGACAAACUUUUGACUUAGUUUUCAAUAGAAAUAAAUGACCUCAUAAAAUAUUUUCCCAUUUAAUCUCCAUACUUUCUUUAUCUGAUCUUACCUGACAGAGAUAUGCUAUAGGAAAAAUAAAAGUUUUCCUGCUAUAGGAAAAAAAAAUUCAAUCUCUACACAUCUGUAUCUGUUGUAAACUGAUGAGGCUGACAUCCAUCAGUAACUAACCAAGGUUCAACAGACAAGCUACUUCCUAAAUUUUAAAGGUCAGCCUCAAUUAUUAAUGAAGCAAUUUAUUAACAUUAUAAAGUGAGUUUUUAUGCUACAAAUGUGCCUUUUAGGGUUCCAUUGCAGUUAGCAGCUUUGCACAUUGAAUGUUGGGUUUAAAUGGGCCCAUCAGAAUUCAUACAUGGGAGAAGUUAUCAUCCACUUGGGAAAAUGGGACUUCUAACUAUAUCCCCGAGUGAGUUAUGCCAACAGAAGCGUAAACAGUUCCGAAUGACUCUAAAAUUCCAUUUGUAUCGGUUUGCAAUUUUAAUUAAAAGGCCAGUUUGGAAAACCUUGGAUAUUGAGUAAAAUAUAACUAUGUAAAUUGUACUAUUGAACUAUGAAGUAGAGUUAAUGGCAAUGAAGCUGGAGUGUUUUUAAUAAUAUUCUUUUAACUAAAAGUCAUCAAGGUCAUUUUAUAACUGUGCUCACUAUGCACAGUCCCAAUCACUGUGCUAGUUGAGUUUGUAAUGAACUUGAUAAUAGUCUGAGUCUAGUGCAUUGGUUUUCUAUCUUGCUUGUGCUUUCACUCUUGUGGUCUCUCUCUCUCUCUCUCUCUCUCUCUCUCUCUCUCUCUCUCUCACUCUCUCUCUCUUUCGGGUUAAAUUUCAGUUUCACUUUUUCUCACACCUAGAGUUUCCAUUCACAGGAGUUUAAAAAUGCAUUCCCUAUUCUGCUUUAUCAGAAUGAUACUGCAAUUGUAACUGCACUUUCUACAACAUUACCAUUGAGUUGUUUCUACAACCAUGUCAUCUUUACUUACAAGUAAAAUUCAAGUAUGCAGCACCAAUUGAUGUUAGGACCAAGGUGGAUAAAAGAAUAUGUGAAAUAUAAAAAUGCAUAAAAGUUGAGAGCAUGUUUUGUUUGGUAUCUUGAGCAAAAUGGCAUGGGAAAAGCAUUUACUUAAUAGGUUAUUAUCAAUUAUGGGAAAAUGUUAACUUCUCUUUAUUCUAAUGAAUUAUUUUAUUCUUCCAAAAUUCUGGGCUGCCAGGGUUCAGUACAUAAAGUGCCUAGGAAGUAAAAGCAAUAAGCCCCUCCCUGUUUUGUACUAUACACUGGGUCCAUAAUAAUUAUUCUAGACAGAGCCCACUCCCUAAAAGAGAAGGCAGUGCAAAAAAGAAUUAGGAAAUACAGAUAAUUCUAUUUUCCAGAACUAUCUAGAUAAAUGAGGCAAAAUAAGGAGAUUCUUUUUUUGAAACGUCACCAUGAUUUUCUGCUCUAAGAGUAGACAUUACACGAGUGACAUUUAUGAUACAUCCUUUAUCAGGUAGAAGUGCAAAUGUAUAAUUUAGCUGAGAAAGUAAAUUUUAAAAAUAUUACCAAAUUACUAGGAGUAUAGUUCCUAAAGCCACAUGCUCCAGAAGCAUAAGAGUAUCAUUUUGAAAAUCUAAUGUCUGUUUGAUUCUAUAUCAGUUUUUCACAGGUUGGAUUUUAGAAUGUAGCACUGGAUGCCAAAAGCAAAUAACUUGAAAUGAUAUCAUUACCAAAUAACCUCUGUAUCUUUACAAAUAAAAAAGGUACAGAGAUGUGAGCAAGGCCUCCUCUUCACACUAGGUAGGUUUCCAGCUUAUCUCAAAGUAAACAACUUAGCAUGAAACAAAACUUAAUGAAAAAAUGAACUUGGAGAACAUCCCAGGAAUAAAGUCUGCUGUAGUAAUCAAAGGUGCAGUAAGAACAGGUGCAUAGCACUGAGAAAGAAAUCUGUCCACCUGAGUGAAUUCCUGUGGGCAACAUUUCAAGAUUAAUCCAGUUCAGACCUGCUAAUAACAUAAGUGAUAAUACACAAGAAAAAUUAGCAGCAAAUAUAUUAACAAACACUGGCACUAUAAAACAUAGUUAAAUGAAUCUAAUAAAUAAGUAUGAAUGCAUUAGCUAUAUUUAUAUGUAAGCCCUUCUUCUGUAGGGGAAUGGCAGAAAUUUAAUUAGAAUGUUACCUUGGUGGCCCAUCUAAUGCCUUUUGAAAUCACAUCACAGAGAUCAGUUCUUCUGAUGAUGAUACAUUUGCUUUAUCCUAAUUAAAACUCACUUUUUUUUCUUGUAGUGAAAUCAAUUUAUGUAGGAAAAAAAAAUCUUUGAGAGGGAGGAGAGUGUUUAGACUACCCAGAAGGACAGCUUCAUCCUGAAUAGCCACCAGCAUCACUGUCAAACAUUAGACUGGAAUUAGAAUGAUAACGUAGAAAAUAUCCAUGAAAUCAUAAUCUACUAAAAAUUCUUCUACUUAGAAACACUGGAAGGUUUUCCUCAAACAGGAAAUGUGAGAAAUAUAAGUCUCUACCUUUUAUUUAUCAAAAGUGUAAAUUAUUUGAUUAAACUAUUUGUUUCUUUCUAAUGGAGUUUCUGGGUACAACUCAAUGAAUGGGUCAGGAAAAAAAAAUUCAAACACUAAAUGUCUAAGUUGAUUUGUUAAUGAUCCCCUUUCUGUCUGUCUUAUGAUAUGAAUGAAAACUAUGACUAUAUUAGAAAAUACAAUAUUCUUAAAUGUGCCUUCUGGCCUUUGCAAUUCUCUUAACUGAUGAGCAUGAAUAUAAACAUAUGUCCCCCAUAAAAUUCCUCCUGUUUAAGGGGUAAAGAGCCCGAUAGUCACACAAAAAGGCCCAUUUUUUUUCAGUCUGGCAUUCCUGCACGCUUAACAGCUUCAAAGGAAGUCAGUUUUCAAGUCACAUUAGAGCAAGAUAGUUAAAAUUGUGAACAUAGAGUUAAGUGCCCAAUUUGGGUCUCAAAGCCAAUAAUUAGAGCUCCUCAAUUUCAAUAAUGAGUGGCUGAAAAGAUUAAUGUGUGAGAACAAAGAACGUAUUUUCAGUGGCUUUUUACACCUUCACGUUCAGAGUGGUCUUUUCAGCUCACCCAUCCCUAGGAGGAUGCGCUAAGUAUCCUCCUGCUAACUGUUGAUAUUUUCUACCAGAAUGAUGCACUCAGGCCUGCUCAUACCAGUCAAUUACCUCCAGUUAACAUCCUUUCCUCUUCCCUGCACCAAAAGCAUCUCUUUUCCAUGUCUCAUCACCUCAGGUAUCUGUACCACAUGAAAAUUGAUAAAUAGAUUCUAUAGAGUUCUAGUUAAAACCAUGGAUUUUAGUUCCCAGCAGCCUUAUUCCUUGGUUGUUUCUAUUCCAGAAAUAUUCUGAUAGUUUUUGGUGUCGAAUGCAUACUUCCAUGCUAGGAAUUGUGGCUCCCAUGGGUACAGAUUUCUGUAUAGUCGUGGCAGAAUGAGUAGAAUGACAUCUGAGACUUUUCCUUGUGAUAUUUAUCAUUCGCCGGUGACCUCAUUGCAGAAUUGCCAGCUUGUUCUGGUGUCAUUUUAAGUAAUUCUUUAGGUCAGCAAAGCAGGCACUGGAAUAUCAAGUUGAAUGAAAUUCAACUGUACUUUCUUUUGUCAGUCUAUUUUCUGCCGAGUCAACCUGCCUAUUGCAUAGUUAGGAAUCAAAUAGCCAUUUUCCACUUUGGAAAGUCAGAACUGUUUUUGUUUGACUUGAUCAGGAAGUUUUGGGGUAUCCAGUUAAAAGAUUUUAACCUGCACAUUAAUUCAAUGAUUUUUUUUUUUUAAGUAAACUAGGAAAAUUUCCACAACCUGUGAGGCUUACAUUCAUAUAAAAAUCUCUUUUUUCCUUGUGUGAUACAAUCCCUCGAAAGAAAAUUUCAUUGGGGCUAAGUGAUAGCAUAAUGAUUUUUCUUCCAUAUCCAUGACUAACAAGUCCCUGAAAACAGAAGUAGAUAUGUGUUAUGCCUAAUUUAGUAUCUAAUAAUUGGGACUUGAAACAAAAUUUUCUUGGGCAAGUUGGGUGAUUAAAUAUGAAUUAAAAUUUCCAAUGAAA